AUCAGACAACCACCAUAUUGUCAGCUGAGUCAAACUGUGGCUCCUCAGAGGGCUUUUUGUCAUAUUUUCAACAUGAUUUUUCAGACUCUAUUUGAUUCUAUGGAUUUUACUAGUUGGCUGCUGUUUGCUUUUGCAUUGCUGCUUUUGAUUGAUGUGGUGAGAAACUGGAGACCUCGCAGCUUUCCUCCAGGACCAUGGGCUAUGCCUUUUGUGGGAAAUAUCUCCACUCCGCUUGACUUCAAAACAAUGGAGAAGCUGGCUCAAGAGUACGGCUCUGUGUUCAGCUUGAGGAAAGGCAGUGAGAAGAUGGUGUUUGUUUCGGGAUACAAGAUGAUCAAAGAGGCCCUUGUAAACCAGCUCGACAGUUUCACUGAUCGACCAGUUGUCCCUCUGUUCCAUGUUAUCUUCAAAGGCAUCGGUAUAGCUCUGAGCAAUGGUUACCUGUGGAAGAAGCAGAGGAAGUUUGCCAACGCUCACCUGCGAUACUUUGGAGAAGGCAAGAAGUCACUGGAGAAAUAUAUUGAAGUGGAGAGUAACUUCCUCUGUGAGGCCUUCAAAGAUGAGCAAGGAAAGCCAUUCAACCCCCACUACACCUUAACAAAUGCAGUGAGUAACAUCAUCUCCUCUGUGGUCUUUGGACAUCGCUUUGAAUACAGCGAUCCAACCUUUCGUAAGGUUCUAGAGUUGGACAACGAAGCCAUUCUUCUGAUGGGUUCAGCUCAGACUCAGCUGUAUGAUGCCUUCCCUAGCUUGUUUAAUUAUCUGCCAGGACCACACCAGACUGUCCUUGCCAACUACAGGGAUAUCGUAGCUUUUUUGAAGAAGGAAAUACAAAAACACCAGGAGGAGUGGAACCCAGAGGACCCUCGUGAUUAUAUCGAUGUGUACCUGGCAGAGAUGGAGAAGAAUAAACAGGAUCCCCAGGCUGGCUUCAACUUGGAAACGCUGGCAGUUUGCACCCUCGACCUGAUCGAGGCUGGAACAGAAACGGCUGCCACAACUUUACGUUGGGCCCUCGUACACAUGAUGAACUACCCAGAGAUACAGGAGAAAGUCCAGGCGGAGAUAGACAGAGUGAUUGGACAGUCUCGUCAACCCACACUGGCCGACAGACCCAACCUGCCCUACACUGAUGCUGUCAUCCAUGAGAGCCAGCGAUUGGGAAACGUAGUUCCCAUGGGAUUCCCAAAAAUGGCCAGUAAAGACAGUACACUGGGAGGAUACUUCAUUCCCAAGGGCACAUCUGUUACUACGAUACUGUCGUCUGCACUGUUUGAUAAGAAUGAGUGGGCGACUCCAGAUGUAUUCAAUCCUGAGCAUUUCUUGGAUUCAAAGGGCCAGUUCCUUAGAAGGGAUGCCUUCCUACCAUUUUCAGCAGGUAAACGUGUGUGUAUCGGAGAACAUCUGGCCAGAAUGGAGUUGUUCCUUUUCUUUACGUCUCUCCUCCAACGCUUCACACUCUCUGCUGUUCCCGGAGAAAUGCCCAGUCUGGAGGGUGUGAUGGGCUUCACUUAUUCCCCCGAAGAGUUCAGGAUGCUGGCUGUACCUCGCUGAACCAAACACAGGAACCAAAUCUCCGCAUUUGCUUUGAGACCAAAUAAUCACCAGCUUAACAAUCAUGGGAAAUGACAUCCUCAGUGAAGCAAUAGCAUGAUGGUCGCUUAUCUGACCUGCAACUACUACAUCAUUUGUAUAAUCCAAGAUAUGAACAGAACUAAAACAGAACACAAGUGAGAUAUAAAAGACCUAUCAGUAGUUUUACAAGCUUGUAUAAUGACAAAGUCCUUAGCAUUGGCACUUACUGUGUUACGUGAUAUUGGAGGGGAGACACUACAGGUUAGCAGGGCCAUUUUUUAACUAAUAGAUAUCACCAUCCCAAGGUGAAUACUUACAACAAGGCAAUGAUUAUGUUUUUAUAUUACAAGUUUUCUGAUAUAGUAUACUUGAUGGGUAUUAUACAUCUAAAAUGUCCCAGUUUGCAUGCUUUCCAUAACAAAAAUCUAAAUAAUGGCUACAGGUAGCUUCAGAAUUUCUGUUUGCUUUUGCUGACAUUUUACAGUCAAAGGUUUUAACAGAGGGGCUUUUGGAUAUUUCUGUAUAUCACUUGAUGAGUCAGAAAAUACUGUAAAUGGAAAAAAAGAAGUUUUUACCAAGUUUGUAGAUGUUCUUUAAAUCAGGCUAUGAAUCAAUCAACUCUGUAAAAACCUUCAGAAUAUAGAUAGAACUAGAACUAGUAAUAUGGUGUACAUAAUUGCUACUGAAGUGGAGAUUUCUGGCUUAGUAUAAGAAAAAAAAUGUAAUGUUGGGAAAAUAGCCUGUAAAUAUACGUAUCAAAAAAUGCUAUACGUUUUGUAUUGUACACGAUGAUUUAUAGUGAAAACAUGUAUAUAUAUAUAUAUAUAUAUAUAUAUAUAUAUAUAUAUAUAUAGAUAUAGAUAUAGAUAUAGAUAUAGAUAUAGAUAUAGAUAUAGAUAUAGAUAUAUAGAUAUAGAUAUCACCAUGAAACUUCUUCAGCUGAGUGACAGUUUAUAUAUGUCACAUUUUCUGAUAUAUUUACAAUUUGAGUAAAUGUUCAUUAUAGAAAAUGUAUUAGGAUAAACACCUCAAUGUGUUUUUUGAGAUUUUCUGUCAACAAGUCUGACAAUGAAUCUCUAAAUGACCUGCAUGUAAUAUCUUGCCUUGAUUAUUUGUCAGUAUUGAGCCACAGGAGUUCAAAAUGUUUUAUCCAUUUAAUUCUCAAUUAGCUUAUAAUAUCUCAUGCGGGAGGUCUAUAUUCAUUUACUAAAUGUUUUGUGGUUAUGUGGACAAGACUUUUUUUAACAUGUGACACAAUAAUACUCUGACACACAAACAAUUUUGUGAACUUUGCUUCUUUAAAUAGUCGGUGAUAACAAAAUACAUAGUCCAUAAAGUAAUCAAUCAAAAUUUAGAUCCUGUAUUCUGUGUUAUCUAAGAUCACGGGGCUUAGGCCUUAGGAUGUGUGUAUGUGUAUAUAUAUAUAUAUAUAUAUAUAUAUAUAUAUAUAUGUGUGUGUGUGUGUGUGUGUGUGUGUGUGUGUGUGUGUGUGUGUGUGUGUGUGUGUGUGUGUGUGUGUGUGUGUAUAUACACACACACAUAUACAUAUAUGUAUAUAUGUAUAUAUAUACAUAUAUAUGUACACCUCUAUCAAACACUAAUGUGGUGUAAGCAUGAAUAGCUUUACAACGACUGAAUUUGCAUCUGUGACUGUUUGAAGAAUGAUCUGCUUUUGGAGAUGUGCAUCCUCGCUGGAGUAAAAAGAACACAUUUAAA